AUGGACAUGGACAUGCCAGCAGUGUUCUCAACCUCCACCCAAAUCACAGUUCUGUUCACAGGCUGGACAACUUCAACCACGACGCAAUACGUCUUCACGUUGGCCUUCCUAUUUCUCCUCGCCAUCUUCAACCGCUUCCUUGGUGCUCUCAAAUUCCAACUCGAGAGAUCUUGGCUCCGAGAUACCUCUAUUCCUUCAACCAUGCUUCUCGCACCCGUGAGUCGAUGGCAAAAUAUUCGAAAAGCAAAGCUCAGUCCUCUUCCUGACUACACACGCGUGCACGGGGACGAGAAUCCUGAAGAGACUUUCCCAGUUUCAAAUAACUACAACGAAACACGAAACAUAUCGAUGAGUAAUCUCCAAAGGGACGUCCCUCGCAGCUGGGCCUCAUCAAAAUGCCUACUCCCUUCGUGGAAGGCCAGUGGAACGUGGAGUCUUCGAAAAGACGGGACACGUGCGUUACUUGAGUGUGUUAGGGCUUUGAUUGGAUAUUUUUUGAUGCUAUCCGUUAUGACCUUCAACGUCGGCGUCUUCGUUGCCGUGCUUUUCGGUGUCCUGGUGGGCGAGCUGCUUCUUGGGAGAUUUUCUUAG